CUCCGAACCAGCUUCCUGUGAAUGUGUGACAGGAGUCCAGUAACCGCCAGACAGAAUCAGACAGAGUUGUUCUUCUGGAGGAGUUCAGUGACAACAAGCUGUGGGAAGACGGUACAUCUCUGGCACAAAAAUGGAUUUCAGUGCAGAGAUAGAGCGUGCUAUAGAGGAGCUGGAGAGGGGAGAGCUGCUUUCCACUGUCUGGGCGGCCAUAGAUGAAAUAUUGGCUGACACACCCAAUCCUCCGCCUCCUCCUCCUGUCCCUGCUGAGCUAGAACUCAACACCCACCCUCAGUCAGUGGAAAGUCAGACUGAAGGAUAUGGUGCGCGUAUCGCCAUGAUGGCAGACCUUCAUAUGUUUGAAAAUCCCCUGAUGGCUGCUCCCACCAUGUGCGAUGGACUUUUGUGUCAGGGCGACAUUAUACAGCCAGGUCACCUGUAUAGUCAGGCAGGUGUAUAUAGUGAGGAACAGUAUCUACCGUAUCAGUGGCCUGUAGAUGACGUCCCGACACCAACAGCUGUCAGUCACCGUGCUGCUGCUCCACAGCCAUAUCUACCGUAUCCGUGGCCUGUAGCUGACGUCCCAACAGCAACAGCUGUCAGUCACCCUGCUGCUGCUCCACAGCCAUGUAACAUUGUGCCUUUGGUGAAGCUCUCUCAAGGCCAGAGCCUGCGUUGGAUUGGAGUGCAGAAUGGAGAGAUGUUGUACGAGGUCGUAGCAGAAGAUCCAUCGAACACCUCCAAUUUAAGAAAGAGAAAGAGGAAAGCCCAGCAGGAUGAAUCCUGUCCGUAUAUAAAGAAGCCGCCAAACGCCUUUCUGCUCUUUAUGAAAGAGCAGAGGUUGAAUGUUGAGGCAGAAUUUAACAUGAAAGGCAUGAGGAAUGCGGCUAUAAAUAGAAUCCUGGGACACAAGUGGAAGUCACUAACAAAAGAAGAGCAGGCCAAAUAUUACGACAAGGCCAAAGAAGAAAAACGGCUCCACGCCCAGCAACACCCCGAAUGGACCACCAGAGAUAACUAUGGCAGAAAGAUGAAGAGGCAGAGAAAAGGUAAAGCAUCUGCAAUUAAUCCUGAAGAGGACACUCAACAGGCCAAGGAGCUGUGUGGGACACCAGUGCAGACAGCAGUGAUGGAGUCUUCCUCCUCACUGGCAGAGGUGAUGGAGUCUUCCUUCUCACUGCCAGAGGUGAUGGAGUCUCCACACACACAGACUGCUGUGACUGUGCCUGUGUCAUCCACUCAGAGGACGUUGGAGGAUAGGUGUCACCCAAUGAUGGACAACUUUGGGCCCUUUCCCUCACUGGACAACUCUAGCUGCCCUCCUGCAUUGUGGAUCUACAUCAAAUAAAACUAGUAAAAAAAUCACUCACAUAAUAACAAACAGCACUUUGGCAUGUGACAAUUAACAGAGUACUAAAAGACUAAAUCAUCUGUGCAUUAACUACAGACACUUUUGUCCCCCAAAAAAUAAAUACAACGAGAAAACAGCCUCAAGACAAGGGAACAACAGUCACAUGUUUAAACUGUCAGUCAACUCUUCUCACCGAGGCAGCUGUGGUCUUGAGGAACCACUUGUCAGGACCACUUGUCAGAUCAAAUUUACAUUAAAGGGUCUUCUGUGACUGUUAUGUUAAAUGUAUGUACUCGUAAAUAUUUUUUCUGUGUCAACGUUGCAAAUGGAGAUGCAAGAACAUUUGAAGAGUUGUUCUGAUCAUUGCAACAGCUUCCACCAGGGGCCGUUA